AUGACAUCUGAUACAAUCCAAGAUGGAUCUCAUAACAUCGCCAUCGUACGGGGAACAGUGGACUCCGUUCCCGCCGUCCUCGAAAUCCUGGAUUCCACAGUCAAAUGGCUGGCAUCGCGUGGCAGAAGUGGGCAGUGGGGAGAAACGCCAUUUUCCAAGAAUCCAGCACGUGCCGAUCAACUGAGAGAAUUUGCAACAACAGGAUCGGGUCUUUGGCUUGCUGUCAGCUUUACCGAUGACAAACCUUUAGCGGAUCAAGAUGGAUUGUCCAACAAGAACCCCGAGACUAUUAACGGAGAGGCUUCGGGGGUCAUUGUAGGAGCUAUUGCUCUUGGAGACAAGAUGCCUUACGUGACGCCUGUUUCUGAACCCGAGCUUUACGUGCGUUUGUUGGUCACAGAUCGAAAAUGGGCCGGCAAGAAGAUUGGUGAACGUCUUUUGCAACAUGCGCGUGUCCUUGCCAACGAAGCCGGAGUUUCUUUGCUUCGGGUGGACUGCUAUGCAGGCAAUGAUAGCAAACUGGUCCAGUAUUAUGAAUCUCAGGGAUUUGAGAGAUCUGAACGUCUGAACUUGAAAGACAAUUGGCCCUGUCAAGUUCUCUCUCAACGGUUAGACGGCGUGGAAGGAGGGAGACAUUAA